CUGUUACUUCAGAUCAAAAAAUGUGCGCUCAACGAUACUGGUGACUACAAAAUCGAGGUCAAAAAUGAGGCUGGUAAAGCUUCUAGCAGCGGAAAACUGACUGUGGAACCAAAGCUAACAUUCCUCAAACCGUUGAAAGACCAGGAAAUCACCGAGGGUGAAAAUGCUGAGUUCCAAGUGGAAACGAAUGCCAAGCCAAGAACAGUCAAAUGGUACAAAAAUGGUAGAGAAAUUGCUCCGGAUGCUCGAUUCGUAGUCUCCGAAGAGGAUACCAAGUUCAAGCUUGUCAUCAAGAAUGCAGUUCGCGAAGAUGCCGCAGAGUAUAAGGUUGUCCUAAGCAACUCUGCUGGCGAUGCCGACUCAUCCGCUAAGCUUACCGUCAAGAAAGCCAAACCUGGUGUACCCAGGAUUCUCAAGGGUCUGGAGGAUCAGGUCGCCGCCAAAGGUGCUGCGCUCAUCUUUGAAGUCAAAGUAGAUGGUGAAGUUGAGGAAGUUAGAUGGGCAAAGGAUUCCGUACCAAUCUCUGCCGGAGCCAAUGCCAUCAUCGAGAAGGUUGAUGAUAAGACAUAUCGACUGACCAUUCCUAAAGCAGAUCUGGGUGAUGCUGGCCAUUAUACCGUUGAAGCUAUCAACGAGUCCGGAAAGGCAGCCUCUGAUGCUAAAGGAGAAGUUGACGAGAAACCCGAAAUCGUCAAAGGCCUCAAUGACACUGAAGUAUCUCAAGACGACGAUGAAGUGUUCAAAGUUGAAGUUUCUAAACCAGUUCGAACUGUUAAAUGGUACAAAAAUGGCCAAGAACUCAAAUCAUCGCCUCAUAUGGAACAGAAGAAGAUCAGCCCUAAGAAAUACGAACUUGCUAUCAAUAGAGCACAGAUGGAUGAUGGCGCUACCUACAAGGUUGUCCUCGCAAAUGCUGCUGGUGAAUGUGAUUCUUCCGCUCAACUUACUGUCACUAAGCCAAACAUCUUGAAAGUGCUGGAAGGUCUCAAGGAUGUUGAUGCUGCAAAACCAAAGCAAGUGGUAACACCUGCAAAUUUCCUAUCACCACUACAAGACACCGAAGUUGUCGAGGGUGAGACACUUCUACUGAAGUGCGUGGUUGGUGGUGAACCAUUCCCCGAACUUGUUUGGACCAAAGACGGUGUGGAAAUCGAGAAAGAUGACCGCAUCGCGAUGCGCGUCGCGCUUGACGGAACAGCUACCCUACGCAUCUACGAUGCUAAAAAAUCCGACUAUGGUCAAUAUCGUAUCACUGCAAAGAAUGAGGGAGGAACACAGACCAGUGCAUGCCAGGUUACCGUGAAAGAAAAGGGUGAAGAACCAUCAAAGCCAAGGUUCCUCAACGAUCAACCUCUAAAGAUGGAUGAUCGCGUCACUGUAGAAGAUCUUGGAGCAGGGAACUAUUGUUUGCGACCUGGCCGUGAACCUGGAGAUGACCGCUAUCCACCCAGAUUCAAUGUACCACUAUGGGAUAGACGUAUUCCGCUCAAUGAUCCAUUAUCAAUCGAAUGUCAUGUCGAUGCCAAACCGACGGCUACGAUCGAAUGGUUCAAAGAUGACAAGAAGCUUGAAUCCAGUGAACUAGUAGAGAUUCGAAACACUUCGGAUGGAGCGUGCCGUGUAAGGAUAGCACGAUUUGGUCACGAUGAAGUCGGUGUGUACAAGUGUGUGGCUACAAACCCACUUGGUGUAGCUGACACUAGGUCGACAUACACUGUAGAAGGUAAUUUUUUACCUGCGGGGACCAUGCUUGAGCAAGAAGAAGUCGUUGAAAGGAAAGAAUAUGCGCCAAGAUUCAAUCCUGGACUUGAGGAUAAAACUGUCAACGCUGGACAAAGCACUAGGCUUAGCUGUAAAGUUGAUGCUGUACCAAAAGCUGGUAUUGUUUGGUACAAAGACGGUUUACCAAUCCGAUCUGGUGGACGAUUUAAUAUCACUCUCGCUGAUGAUGGUACCUGCACCCUGGACAUCAGGGAUGCUGUCGAAGGCGAUGAAGGUGCCUACAGAUGUGUAGCCAGCAAUGAGCAUGGAUCUACUAAUACAAGCUGUUUGUUGACUGUAAAAGUGCCAAAAGCCGAGGCCAAGAAGGAGGGAGAAGAGCCAUUCUUUACCAAAGGUCUUGUUGAUAUGUGGAAGGAUCGUGGCGAGACGUUUACCCUAAAAUGCGCCGUGAAAGGCGAUCCGUUCCCGGAGAUCAAAUGGUAUCGUAAUGGUACACUUCUUCGAGACACCCCACGUAGUAUUAUUGAAACCUCACCAGAUGGCACAUGCAGCCUGACUGUCAAAGACUGUACAAUGAGCGAUGAAGGCAUCUAUCGCUGUGAAGCUGAGAACAAAUAUGGAAAGGCCAAAACACAAGCCACUACCCAUGUCCAGAUGUCGAUUGGCAAAGGCGAAGCGCCUAAACUUGAAAUGGGCUCACCACCCAAAUUUAUCAUACCGCUUGAAGAUCAGACUGUAAUACUAAAUGGAACUAUCGAUCUGGAAUGCAAGGUUACUGGACAACCAAUGCCACAAGUGAAGUGGUCCCGCGAUGGUGGUCCCAUCUGGGAAGAUUCACGAUAUGAAUGGGAAGUCGAUGAAGCUAAGGGAUUGUAUCAUUUGCGAAUAACGUCAGCUACUGUAAAUGAUGAAGGAACAUACCGAUGUGUGGCUACUAAUGAGUCUGGAUCAGCUACAACAAAGUCUUUCGUUAGGAUAGAUGGUGGGUAG